CACUGAGGAGCUCGAUCGACCAAUCGCGGAGGAGGUCCGCCCUCUGACGUCACAGCAGCGCUUCCGCCCGCGGACAAACAGUCAGAUGAUAAUCGGGACAUUUGAGUGAAACAUUAUCAAACAGCUGCAGCGGACAGACGAUGCUGUGUGUGUUGGUGUGUGUGUUUUUGCUCUCCGGUCCGGCAGAAAGCAGCCCGUCUGCUCACAGACUCUCCGAUGCCCACCGACGCUUCGAUGUACGAGAGCAGCUGGACCCUGAAGUACACAUGAACAUUUCAGAGAUCAUCAGGCGGUGGGGCUACCCUGCAGAGGAGCACGAGGUGGUGACGGAGGACGGAUACAUCCUGACCGUCAACAGGAUCCCACAGGGACUCAAACCCACCACAGGUGUGCGCCCGGUCGUCUACCUGCAGCACGGCCUCCUGGCUGCGGGCAGUAACUGGAUCACUAACCCUCCUAACUCCAGUCUGGGCUACGUGCUCGCUGACGCCGGGUACGACGUGUGGCUCGGAAACAGCCGAGGAAACACCUGGUCCAGGAAACACAAGAGCCUCAGACCGGAGCAGGACGAAUUCUGGAGAUUCAGUCAUGACGAGAUGGCUCUGAAGGAUCUCCCGGCUUCUGUAGACUACAUCCUGAAGGUGACGGGUCAGGAACAGAUCUACUACAUCGGACACUCUCAGGGGACCACAAUAGCAUUCAUGGCGUUCUCCACGCUGCCUGACCUCGCCAGUAAGAUCAAACUGUACUUCGCUUUGGCUCCUGUAGCGACCGUCGAGUUCACCAAGAGCCCGAUGACCAAACUGUCCGUCCUGCCCGAGUUCCUCAUCUGGGACCUGUUCGGUAAGCAGGACUUCAUGCCUCAGAGUCACAUGAUCGAGUGGUUUGCAGAACACGUGUGUGGGGAGACGAAGCUCAGAGAGCUGUGUGGAAACAUCUUCUUCAUCCUCUGCGGCUUCGACGAGAAAAACCUCAACGUGACUCGCACUCCCGUCUACACCACACACUGUCCUGCAGGAACCUCAGUGCAGAACAUGAUCCACUGGUCCCAGGCCGUUCAUGGAGGACGGCUGAGUGCCUAUGACUUUGGAGUUGCAGGAAACAUGAAGCACUACAACCAGUCCACCCCCCCUGUGUACCGCGUCCAGGACAUGAAGGUCCCCACCGCUGUCUUCUCGGGGGGACAGGAUACGCUGGCGGACCCCGAAGACAUGGCCAUCCUCCUCACUCAGGUGACCAACCUGGUCUUCCAUAAGCACAUCGAUCACUGGGAUCAUCUGGAUUUUAUUUGGGGCAUGGACGCUCCGGAGCAGAUGUUUCGAAGCAUCCUGAAGCUGCUGCAGGAACACCGCUAGAGGGCGCCAUACUUACUGUGUAUGUGUAUGUGUGUGUGUGUGUGUGUGUGUGAUACUGUGAUCAUGUGCACACCUAUAGUACAAUUAGGGUACCACAGCUUUAUGUGAAAGGUGAACAGUAUGAACGACUUUUAAGGUUUUAAUAAGGAAAUUUAACAAGUGCAUUUUAUAGAUGUGUGUGUGUGUGUGUGUGUGUGUGUGUGUGUGUGUGUGUGUGUGUGUGUGUGUGUGUGUGUGUGUGUGUGUGUGUGUGUGUGUGUGUCUGUGUUUUUAAGCCACUUUGUUUUACUCUUUCUUCACGUACAUGUACUGUACUUCAAGCGGGGUGUAACGAUACGCUCAACUCACGAUACGAUUUUCUAAUUUUUAUUCCAAAAAAUUAGAUUGAAGUCGAUUAUCCAAAUAAUUACAACUUUAUUACAACUCUUUGGCAGUAAAAUGCUUAAUAUAUAUAUUUUGUUACUUUUACGCCUCUCUUCUUCAGCUACUGGUGUCAAUCAAGAGAAGCCAAAAGCAUCUACGCUCUCUGCUGGUUAAAAACGAGUAUUGCAAUUUAGUUUUUGUCUAAUCGAUUUAAAUCGUCCUUUAUUUGUGUUAAUUUUUAAAUGUAUCGAGAGGUAUCGUUACACCCGUAUACUUCAGUGUUAACCAGCUCUGUUCUGUAAACUGCUGAGCUCAGAAACAAACCUGCUGCCGGAAAAUGUUUGUAAACAUUAGACAUUAAUUUAAUUUAAUCUUUUUAGACACUAUUUGUUUUUUAUUAACUCUAAACUGUCAUGUGACCUGCAGAAACACGAAACAGUCUCACAGCCUCGUUGAAUAUGUUUAGGUUUGUUUUUGUGUUCAACCUGUGAGGAAUCAAACUUUCUGCUGGAUGUCAGAACGUUUUUUAUUUUAUUUACUCAAACAUAGUCAGUUUGAUAACAGCAGCACUUGGAGGCUGUUUGAGGAACUACAGUGUCAGCUCCGAGGCUGCUGAUUGGUCGAAACUCAGUUUUAGAUUUAGAUGUUAAAAAGUGGAUUGAUAGCAAACAUGUUAAUCUGACUGAAAUCCUACUUAUAUGAAUUUAUUAAAGUUGGACUAACACACCUGG